AUGGAUACGUCAGGAAUCGAUGAAGGACCUUUCGCUUGUUUCUUCUGUCCGGCUGAAAUUCGGACCCGCGUUGGGCUGAAAAUCCACAUGCGGAAGAAACACCCGGAGAAGACUCGUAUCGAGAAGGCGGCUUUAGCGAAAGCGAAAAUGCGACGGCCCGCCAUAAUCGCCCGAGGCGCGCCCGACUUGCAGAGUUUCGCAGCUGCUGUCAAAGAUCGCGUCGGGCAUUCUCUCGCGGGAGAUCUGCCCCCGCUCUGCUGCAGCGACAAAUUCAUGAAACCCGUGGCCGUGUACGUUCCCAUUCAUCUCACGGAAGCCGAGUCGGAGCUCAUGUUUAGAAUGUCGCUUGGUCAAGGCGCUCCAGCCCCACUUCCGAUGCAUUGCCCUCCCCAUCCCCAAGAGCAGCAAUUUUAUGACAUAGCAUAUCAAACAGCUCUCCCGGCUGUAUUCAGCACUGUUCAGCCGGAGGCUUCAGUAGAGUCAUUUUUGAACCUCGACCCGAACCCCGUCGAUCUAGGAUUGCUGAACGGAGUACUCGAGUUCGUCUGCAACGAGCCUCGGCUGUCAGAUUCGCCGACUGUUCCCGGCGGAGGCUUGGCGGUCUCAGAGGAAAUUCUCCGGGCGAUCGACUUGGCAUCGCAUCAGGUCGAGGUGUUCGAGUUCAAGGGUGACUUCACUGAAUUAGUCGGCAGAGACGUGUUCCUGCAUGAUGCUGGCGAGACAGUCGAGCUUCACAUACCAGAGUACGACGGAUCGAUGACGGUCUGGAAAGCGAAUCGAAAAAUGUCUGGUACAUUAGAAUCCGCCCCGAGCGCCGAGAAUCGGCUAGACGACGGAAAUCUUGCAGUUGUGUGACCCGAGAGGAUAACCGAUGAGAUUCAUGUUGUGACUUUCAUGAUGU